UGCUUUCUUCCCCAGCACUGCCUGGGCCGGAUCUGGCAGGGGCUGCAGCACUACAGGGCCCUGCUGGGCUCCGAGCUCUUUGCUGGCCGACCCCGCGCCCCUGACCUGGAGGAUGCCCUGGUGCAGCUCAGCCGCCUGCUGCAGCGCCCGGGGGAAGGGGAUGCGGAGCAGUGGGGAUCGACGCCGGAGCCGAGCCGGCUCUGGGAGCGUGGCAUCGUGCAGCACCGCACCCUGCGCCAGCUCCAGGCCUUCUCAGCCAUGGUUGCCCGUGUCUUCACCCAUGGUGCCACACUGCGCUAGGCCACCUGGAGCCUCCCCGGCAUGGGCAGCUGCUGCCUCUAGAACAGGGGGCAGACCCCCUCCUGCAUUCCCCACUUGUGUCCCCCACCCUGGGGCAUGACCACUUUCUUGACUAUGUAUGGGGGGCUUGUUCUAGAGCCCCCCCAUGCUCUAUUUAUGGUUUAUUUAUGG